UCACGGUUGCUACAUGUAUCUGGGUCCCUCUUCGCGGGGGAACCGUUAGCCCAAGCCAGCUUACGUGGCAACGGCUAUUGUGCUUUUUUAUUUUUAUGCCAACCAGCUAUUUAUCAUAAUACAAUUUAAUCCGUCGCAGCUAUGGCGAGACGCCUCCGCCUUCACUCUCAGCUCUGCUCCGUCAUGGAGACGAUGGCCAGGUCUGCCCUGGGUCAGAUCAGCAACCUGGUGGACGAGGACUCGGCCGAGCUGCAGCUCGAGGUGUCCCGGCUCCUGUUCGCCAAUUCCGCGCUGGCGGAGAAAGUCAAUCGGCUGGAGAGCGAGCUGUGCACCGUGAGAAGCGACACCCCCAACUCGUGCAAAAGUUCCCGCACCGUGGGCGUUCAGACUGUCCGCCACAGUGAGGGAGAGCCUCAGGAGUCUGGGUGCCCCACCAUAGAAGGUAUCUUUGGGAAAGACUGGUGCAUGAGCCUGUGGAAAGACCCGUAUCACCUGGACACAGUCACAGACCCACCACAGACUUGUGAUAAGUCUGUGGGAACGAUAUCUGGCCAAAUUACAAAAAGUGAGGAUUCUGUGGAGGGUGCUGUCAGCAGCUGCCAGCAGGAAACGCUGAGUACAGAGGCAGAACAUGAAGAAAGUACAGCUGUGGAGCCGGAGCCGCUGUCUUUGGGUUACGCGGCUGAUGGCGGCACUUGCACGCUGUCAAUUGAUCGGGAAGGAGAACCGGUCGAGUCUGCAGCUGUUAUCGAAAAACCAUCCAUUUCCAACAACGACACAAGGGCAGCCUUCAGCACUUAUGUCAUUCCAAUCGAAGACGACGACGACGACGUAGAGUUUGUUCAAGAAAGUCAGCAGGAGCCUCUGCCUAUGAACGCUGCUGCAAGUGGGCCCGGCAACAACAAGCUGCAGAUUAUACCAACGGACAACACUGAAAACAGCAAGGUUGUGGAAAAAGAUUCACAAGAAAACCUAACUGUGCUUAAUGUGGCAACUGUCGGAGCUCCAAACAAACAAAAAUUCACAUGCAGAAUAUGCAGCGGGACAUUCUACCACAAGGGCACGCUAACGACCCACAUGAAAUCACACAAGUCCAACUUCUGUAGCAUUUGUAAGCAGCAUUUCCAUCACAAGACCAAGUUCAAGUCGCACACCUGCGUGCCUCCACUUUCUUCUAAGACGGUCGGCAACUCUUGCCACUUGUGUGGGAAGAGCUUUAGAAAUCCAUCGGCUCUGAGGAUUCACUAUGUGGUCCACACAGGAGAGAAACCCCACACGUGCAGCUUUUGUGGAAAGGGUUUCAGCCAGAAAGGCAAUCUAAAAUCUCACCUACGCCUCCACUCUGGAGAGACACAGUUCCGCUGCGGUAAAUGUGGAAAGACAUUCACGCAAAAGGCAAGCCUCAACGAUCAUAUUAUGGAACACGAAAAUCCCAAGGUCGUGGGAGACACGUCUGUAGCUUGAAGACAUCUGUAGAACUUGACUGAAACCUGUCAGUGACUGAUUGCACUUUUACUUUUACUUAUGUAAAUGCAGAAUAGUUCUGCUCACAUUGACAUUAGGUUGGUUAAUGUCAUGGUUAGUAGCAGGAGUGUGGAGCUAAUCGUCUAUAUCAUACUUGUUUGUUUUUAUUUACCCUUUUUUCGCAGCUCAGUGUCUUAGUAGUUCUUUUUAUCUUUACAAUAAAGAACAGUCACAGUUGUUCA